AUGGAGCGCAUACUUCGGUGUCUGGGAUGGCAAUCCGCCUCAGAGAAUUGCGCGAAUUGCGUGGCGCUGUGGUUGGGUGAGCCAUCAGCCAUGGCUUCUUGCACAUCGCUACUCGCCGGCACCGGCGUUUCCUCUCUUGCGUUGAUCCAGGAUACCAAAUCUACCUUUCAACGCAACACCGUGGCUCUCACAACUCGGCCGUCUGGUUUCCGUCAGAAUGCCACGGUGUCCAAACUUCAAAUCGUCGCCAUGGCUGGCAAUGCUGGGGGUGUUGAGCCCGACCUGAGCGAGGAGUCACGGGCGCCAUGGCUGACUGCUGGCGAGGAGAGUCAGCAGGAUGGGAGCUUCAAGUACGGCAAGGUGGAUGGUGCUCAUGCUUACCACGAGGGCGAUGAUGGCGAGUUCUGGAGUAACGUCGACGCCUCUCUAAAGGAGGCCGGUGGCCCUGUUUCAACUGAACAAAAGGGACUUGCGUGGGCGUUUCUUCCAGCUUUCUUCGCCGGUAUUGCAUUUGGCCUCCCAUCUGAGUAUUACAUUGGCUUCACAGUUCUCUUCGUCUUUGCUUAUUGUGGGAUUGAGAUGGGCAAACCUUCAAAGCCUACACAUUUCGAGCCUGACAUGUACAAGAUCAAUCGAUCGUGUCCAGGACCUCUACUCCCCGACCACGUUCUUUUCAUUCUCGUCCUUAAUCGCACUCCCGUCCACUCAGUUUGCCAUCUACCUCUCACCGUCAAAAUGACUGUAUCGUACUGCACGUGUUCCGGAUGCUCUUACAACGCAAACGCGCCUGGAGAGCUUCCAACGCAGAUUCUCGAGGCCAAUGGGUUCCCCUCGGAGCUGCUCCCUGCGCACGAGGUCGCCCAUUGCGACGGCGCUAUCACCGGGCCCUUCUCGAUCAGCCUCAAGCGUCCGAUCGACGCCGUGAUCGACGGCUACAAUGUGCACUACGAUCAGCAAAUAACCGGCACGGUGGAGCACGGUUGGAUUCGGCAAGUCACGGGAAUUAAAGUGUUCUAUAUGAUGGCUUGGGUCCCGGUCGACACCGCACAGGUCGGCGCGUCUUGCGGCAAUCGGCUCUACUUCUACGUCGGACGUCUCGUUUACAAGAGCGUUCCGCUCUCCGCGUUUCCCGGUCUGUGGGAAGGCAAUGGCGCGAAGAGCGAGAAGCAGGCUCAGAAGCAGCAGAAGCAGAAGCAGCUCAUGCAGGUCGAUACUUCGUCAGACGAAGAGGAUGAGGGAGAGGAGGAAGAAGAGCGAUGGGAGGACGCGCCGACGGAAGGAAGCGACCAGGAAGGUUCGGACAUGAGCGAACAGGAAGCGGGGGAGCCGGAAUUACCGGCGAGUUUGGCGCUGGCGAAGGAGGCAGCGGCGGGAGCGUCUUCAAGAAAAAGCUUUUUCCGGUUCCGAGCAUGA